GCAACAGCACUCGGGGUCAUGGAGGAUAGCUCUGGCAUAAUGCUUGAUCAUUUUGUUCUCACGAGGGCGCAUGUUCAUUCGAUUCAAGCACAGACGAAUGCAGCGUCUAUUCACAGCUCCGAGAAGCGCAAGUCGCAUGCUCUCUGAGCCUUUAAGCAGGGCUCACACCUUAAAAUCAUGUAUUCCGGCUGUCACGACAGUUACCAACGCCUAUAUCCCUUCUACAACCUCUUUCUCCUUCCAUACCUCAUCGAAUCUCUCUGAAUCAUACCGAAAACGUCGGGCACGAGCCGUCAAAAAACGAAACCUAGAAAGAAAAGCAGCCAUCGCAGGAGAGCAAGCCAGAACUACACCUCAUCCCGCCCUAGGACAUCCUCUGCAUGACGAUUCGUUAUGGUUGAACAGUGAUUUGGCGAGGAUUCUAGUUGGUCCUAAGGAUUUGGAACCUCUUGGGCAAGUCACGGGGAAGAUUUGGAGCAACGAAAGGAAGAGUGGUGCCUCAGCCUCCUCCACUUCUGCCUUCGAUGAAACUCUCAACUCAGACCCUACCAAAUCUCAACGUAUCCAGCUCCCCAAAGCCUUCGCUUUCGGUAUAGGACCCUCUGAACAGAAACUUCUUUUCCAAGAUUUGCCCGUCAUCGACCUUCAGAAACGCUUCGAAUUUUCUAUAGUGACAGAAAAAGAACGGAUGUCUAGAGCGGCCUUUGAGGACCUCAACGAUGACAGUGCUAAUACGAUCAGCAAAAGCGGAAGCAAGGGCGGUGAGACGAUCCAUAAGGGAUGGUUGCCUGCCAAUGGGACCACCACUCUCGGUUCCACCACCGAAGUGGGAGCAGAAUCCUCAACCAAACGACUCCUUGGCUCAGACGCUUCGACAGAUCCUUCCUCUUCCCCCUCUGAUCCCCCUCUUACCACCCACGGAUCUUCUUCCAUCACAGCACGCUCCGAAACCCAAGUCGAAAACCUCAACCACUUCCUGGAUGUCACCCGUCUCAACACCGAAAUGCUGGCCCGGAUAACUGGUUUAAGCAAUGCCAACGCAAGAGGGAUAGCAUUUGAGAACAGGAAGAGGAUCGUCGAUGCUUUUUCAGAAGGGAAACCGAACGACACGGGAAGGUCAGAAGUUCAAGCUGCGCUAUUAACAUGGAAAAUCCGCAACCUUUGGGAACAUCUCACGCGAGCCAAACACGACAUUCACAAUCGAAGAUCUCUCCUUCUUCUCCUCCAUCAACGUGCCAAAGUCCUAAAGUACUUACGACGAAUGGAUCGUGGACGGUAUCUUCGGGCACUGGAUCGUAUUGGAGUUGAUGCGCGUGCCGUGGAGGGACAGAUCAUUCUCCGGUGAAGAUAUGCAGGGCAAGACAGGCCACAGUGCAUGUUGUAGUAGUGUCAUUCCCUACGCAUCUGACAUUGGUCGAAUCAUCAUGCAAAAGCCCGAG